GGGCGUCGAUUAAUACACGCGUCAGCGGAAUGAUGGCGAUGUGCAGUGUAGUGCGGUGUGUUGCUGUUAGUUUGAGCUCGACUCUGUCUCGACUUUCGCACAGAAACGCUGUGAUCUCUGCUACACUGCUGGAGAGGAGAUGUUUUAACAGAUCCCUCAGCACCAACACUUCACUCUGUGCAGCGCUGAAGUUCACAGAUAAACACGAGUGGGUUAGCGUGAACAGUGGCGUGGCGACAGUGGGCAUCAGUAAUUUUGCUCAGGAGGCGCUGGGGGACGUAGUGUACUGCGGGCUACCUGAAAUAGGCACACAGCUCUCACAAUCAGAUGAAUUUGGUGCUCUGGAGAGUGUUAAAGCAGCGAGUGAGUUAUAUUCUCCUCUGACGGGUGAGGUGACUGAGGUGAAUGACGCCCUAGCAGACAACCCAGGACUGGUGAACAAGUCCUGCUAUAAAGAUGGUUGGCUGAUGAAGAUGAGCGUAUCCGUACCGGAGGAAUUGGAUGCACUAAUGGAUGAAGCUGCUUAUGAGAGAUACAUCAAAUCUAUAGAGGACUAGAUCCCGCCAUCGGCAUGUGUGAUUCACGUGUGCAUUUCCUUAUCCAAUAUAUCCAGUACAUUUCUGUUUGUAGUUGAUUUAAUUUAGAUAUUCUUAUCUGAAACACGUAUCCACAUCAACCCACAAUCAGUGAAUGAAGGGGACCACAUGGACACAACGCAAUGCAACAAGUAAUCUAACUGGGUCGAAUCUGUUAUAUUCAAUAUGUUGCUGCGGAGAUGAAGAUACACCAACAUACACAGUCAGUAUAACAGUUUCAUCUCCUUUAUAGAUGCUACACUGUUGUGGUGAAAGCUUGCCAUUGCGUGAAAUAAGCGAAAAAUAAAAUGACAGAAAGUAUAAUACUCAGUAUCCGGUUGACUGAAGGGUCUGUCAGUGUUGUUUUGAGUCAGGGCUCAACAGUAAGGAAGUCUAAGGCCCGGGGAUAACGCGAGAGAGAUUCCAGUUAAUACAAUUGUCACUCGCUCCAUUUCACUACAUCAAACAUUAUCUAGCUUUUAACAUAGACAAGGACUUAACAAAAUAACCAGAAUAAUCUGAGAAUGUUAUCAGUAUAAAAAUGUUGCAGAAUUGUUGUCAGGUUAAGUAAAAAUCUGCACUACUGUCCUGAAAAAUCCUUAUUGUUGAGCCUGCGAGUGGAUGACAUGGUGAAAUGCGCUGUUUCUGUGUUGGACUCAGACUGCUAUAGCUAUUAACAACAAUAAACAACUGUUUAAAACUUG